UUCUGCUCUCUCCUCCCUCACACACUUUCCCCCAAACCCCUUCUCUCUCUAAACCCUCUCUUACGCACACACGCAGAUCCUAUCGCUCACGUCACUCUCAGAUUGUUCGUCCAAUUACCGGAACCUCUCAGAGAUCCUCCACCGGAAGCAGGCGAGGGCUAAUCGAUGUCCGGCGGCGCUCGAGGUCCGAGCCGCCCAACGGCGCCGAAGGUAGGGGGGAUGCAGAUCCCUCCGCCGCCGCCUAAGCGGAACCUCUCGACGCUUGCGUCCACGAAACCGCCGUUUGUCCCUCCCGAUGACUACCACCGCUUCUCCUCCGCCGCCGAUUUUCGCCAAGCCGCCGAUCGUGAAGCCGAAGCAAUCGUCGUUAGAUCGCCCCUAUUAAAGCGGAAGAGUGGAACAGACGACCAUGAAGUUCAGUCUAUUGACUGGACUAGCAGUCCUGGAUGCCAUAGUGUGGUUAACAGUCCGCUCAAGACGCCCGUGUCUGCAAAAGGGGGAAGGAUAUACAACAGGUCACAGGCUUCAAAGGGCAGAUCUGGGCCUCAAACACCAGUGUCCAAUGUCGGUUCCCCUGCUCCUCUUACUCCUGGCAGCUGCCGUUAUGACAGUUCCCUAGGAUUGUUGACAAAAAAGUUCAUCAAUUUGCUCAAGCAAGCAGAGGAUGGUAUUCUUGACCUAAACAAAGCUGCAGGAACUUUGGAGGUGCAGAAGAGGCGGAUAUAUGACAUUACAAAUGUCCUGGAAGGCAUUGGUCUAAUUGAAAAGAAGCUUAAGAACAGAAUACGAUGGAAGGGACUUGAUGCUUUAAGGCAAGGGGAGGGGGAAUAUGAUGCCUCCAUAUUACAGGCAGAAGUUGAAAACCUUUCCAUGCGAGAGCAAAGAUUGGAUGAUCAGAUAAGGGAAAUGCAGGAAAGAUUGAGGGGUUUGAGUGAAGAUGAAAACAACCAAAAGUUGCUUUUUGUAACCAAAGAAGAUAUCAAGGGCCUACCUUGCCUCGAGAACCAAACCCUGUUAGCAAUUAAAGCUCCUCAUGGAACCACGCUGGAAGUCCCAGAUCCAGAUGAAGCUGUUGACUAUCCACAAAGGAGAUAUCGGAUUAUUCUUAGAAGCUCAAUGGGACCUAUUGAUGUCUACCUUGUCAGUCAAUUUGAGGAGAAGUUUGAGGACAUUAACAAUGUUGAGCCACCUGUGAGCUUCCCAGUGGCUUCAAGCUCGGGUUCUAAUGAGAACCCACCCACAGAAGUGGUGAAUGUGAACAGCACCAGGAAUGAAAUUGAACCUCAGGCACUGUACGGCCAUCAAAUAUCCUCUGACCUUAGUGCUUCACAGGAUUUUGCUGGAGGCAUGAUGAAGAUUGUUCCCUCAGAUGUUGAUAAUGAUGCAGAUUACUGGCUUCUAUCAGAUGCUGAAGUUAGCAUAACUGACAUGUGGAAAACAGAUGGUAUUAGCAUUGUUUUCUUAUUUUUCUUAUUUUUGUUUUUAUUGUUUUUUAACAUAAUUUUAUGUAUACUUUGGAUUCUCAAUUCCUGUGCUCCAACAAUAGCUCCCGCUGAAUGGACUGGGAUGGAUAUGCUUCAUGCCGACUUUGGAGUAGCUGAUAUCAGUACUCCAAUUCAACAAACUUCAUUAUCUGGGAUCACUGAAGUGCCAUCUACAAUUGCUAAUUCUUCUCAAAGAUGAAUGAAUAGCGAUUUGCAUAAUGUUCUAAAUCAAGAAACUCAUGUCUAUGUCCCAAUAGCAACCUUUAUGUCCUUAAAUCAUUGCUAAAAGGUACCAAAGGUUGCCAGAAGAAAGUGCUGAAGAAGGUUUUGGAGGAAGCUAAUAGAUGGCAAGCUGGAGGUACUUCUUAUACUGUACAGUUUAGGGGCCCUGUGGUAUGAAUAAACUGGGUACUUUGGAAUUAAAAUGGUAGAUUAUGGAAGGGUAUAUGGUAACUUUUAGGAGGGGUGCAUUGGAUUAAAUUAGGGCACAGACUAGAAAUAAACAAAGAAUUUACAUGCAUAUCCCUUCUUUGUCUGCAGCACCUUUGGCUCAGUUUGGAAAUUGAGGCAACUUAGGCUGUAAAUGUUGCAAAUGUAAACAUUGCUGCAAGGUUCAUGUACUGGAUUUUGUGAGGAAGCGGCGAGCUAGAUCUGCCCCGGAUUGAUCUAAUUGCGUGGUCCGUGAUCCUAAUCUUUGAUAUAAACUAUGGUUAUAAGCAUUUGACAUGAAAUUUUGAUGUUGAUGGUAU